AGUUGAAUUACAUUAAAUUAUUGGGUGGUUCACUGCUGCGGAGUUUGGCGCCUCUUGAUCACCUAACUCACCCAGUUAGCUCAACUCCCCGCCACCUCCCACCGCCUGCUGCUCGGCCUUUUAAAGAGCCCCGCGGCCACAGCCACUUUGUCCACAACGAAUCCCAACCGAACUACAAGAGAGCAGAGCAGAGCAGAGCGAGAUGGCCGGGUCUGUGGCGGUGGAAGAGGGAAGGAGGGCAGGGGCGGAGGUGGUGCACGGGGCGGCGGAGUGCUACCAGCACUCGCUGAAGAUGCUGGAGGAGCUGGGGUUCCCCAAGGGGGUGCUGCCUCUGAAGAACCUGGAGGAGUGCGGGUGGGUGCAGGCGACGGGGUUCGUGUGGAUGAAGCAGCGGGAGCCGUACGAGCACUUCUUCAAGGGCACCAACACGCGGGUGCGCUACGACAGGGAGGUCACCGCCUACGUCGAGAGCCGCCGGAUGAAGCGCAUGACCGGGGUGCGCAGCAGGCAGGUCAUGCUCUGGGUCCCCAUCACCGAGAUGAGCAUGCAGCCCGACGGGGAGAAGAUAUACUUCAAGUCUGCCGUCGGCAUCGGCAGAGCCUUCCCAGUCUCCGCCUUCGUCGACGACGACGAGGAGAAGGAGGAGGAGGAGGAAAAGAAGCUCGACGAGGAAAAAAUGAAUGGGGACCAGAAGGCGGUGGAAGCUCCGUAAUCGAUUUAUUAUGCUUUAUUUCUAUGUUCGUGUUAAAUUGUGUGAUGCCUUUAAUUUGCUAUCCAUCGUAUUGAAUAAUUUGCUCCUCUGUUCCUUCUUUUCUAAACAACAAGAUUGUCUACUGUUAUUUAUGUUACCUAAUGACAAAAAAAACUUUGAUUUAAAUUCAA